CAUACGAAAGUAAAUCCGUCUAAAAAAAAUUGAGAAACGAUUUUCUUCGAAAAUUUAAGAAUUAUGCCGAAUAACGAACGUUAUGAGGAUGAUAUUAUGUAUAUUACUAAAGUAACACGUAAUGUUUUGUACAUACUUGGAGUUUGGCCGUCCUUAGACGGAAGAAAAUCUAUCGGCGGCCGUAUCUGUAGGUUACUACUGAUCAUAAUCUCUUGGUUACUGCUUUACUGCGUCCUGAUUCCCGGUUUCCUCUUCUGGCUGCAUGAGAAGAGAACGCGUAUCAGGAUACAAAUGUUACCUCUACUCCUUUUCGGUUUUAUGGCCAUCGGUAAAUAUGGUAAUUUGAUAUUUCGCGAAGGGCAGAUCAAGCGUUGCCUACAACACAUCGAAGAAGAUUGGAAAAACGUAAUAGAUACGGACGCUCGAAACAUGAUGAUUAAAUCCGCGAAAACUGGAAGACGCCUAGUCACAAUUUGCGGGAUAUUUAUGUACGGCAGUGGGGUCUCUUUCCGGACGAUCUUACCGUUGUCAAAAGGAAAACUUGUUACCGCGCAGAAUAUCACAAUUAAACCUUUACCUUGUCCGGGUUAUUUCUUCUCUUUCAACGCGCAAGCCAGCCCUACUUAUGAGAUGAUUUUUGCGAUGCAGUUUUUCUCCGGUUUAAUCACAUUUUCGAUUACGACAGCCGUGUGUGGUCUGACGGCUGUUUUUGCGAUGCAUGCUUGUGGCCAGCUGAAAAUACUGAUGAAGCUGAUGAAACAUCUCUUCGAGGAACAGUGGACUGAAAAACAUGAUAUGAUUAGAAAGCUGGCUGAAGUAGUCGAAUAUCAAAUAAGAAUACGAAGUUUUUUGCAAUUAGUGGAGCGCACUAUGCAACAAAUGUAUCUCAUAGAAUUAAUGGGGAGUACGAUAAUUGUCUGCAUUCUAGGAUAUUGUAUAAUAAUGGAAUGGGAGAAUAGUAAUGGAAUAGCUAUGUGUUCUUACUUUAUAACUUUCACCACCAUAAUGAUAAUUGUGUUCAUGUUUUGUUACACUGGUGAACAGCUUACCAGCCAGGCAGAAAAAGUGGCUAAUACAUCGUGCGAGCUGGAGUGGUAUCGUCUUCCGGACAAAACAGCACGCAGCAUCGUGUUAGUAAUGAUCAUAUCUAAUUUGCCCACCAAACUCACUGCAGGGAAAAUUGUGGACUUAUCCUUCAAAACAUUUGCUGAUGUGGUUAAAACUUCUAUGACAUAUUUUAAUAUACUUCGAAACGUUACCGAUUGAAUAUUUCUGUUUUAAUCAUCGAGAUUUAAAUACAUGUCUUAUGCGAAAACAUAUGUAUGUCUAGAAUUUGAAACACGUAAUAUCAAAUAUUUUUGGGUCUUGUCUUUAGUAGUGUAAAGGUAUGUUUCUCAGGUUGUCGAUAUAUUGACAACCCAAAAUCUUCUGGUUAUAAUCGCUAUCAAUCACUACAAGGAGUGCUAUCUAUCUCGUACUAUUUAUUUUAUAUUAAACGUAUUACAUUAUUAUAUUAAACGUAUUACAUUUUAUAUUAAACGAAUUACAUUUUUCAAAAAUUAAAAUAAUAAAAAAAAUAGAAAGCAAGAAAUAUUCUUGCUGUCAGCCAAGAUAUAUAAUAAUCUAGAUAUCUACCACGGAUUUUCUGCAAGUUAAGAACUAUAUUCUAUACACUACUAUUAUUAGUAUCCUUUCUUUGUAAAACGUCAAAUCGUAAUUUUCUAACUCCGACACUUUCCUCCUGACAGCAAACAGAACUCAGACUAAACUCACCAAUAACGUCACUUUGAACAUAAAUGCAUUUAUUCAAGUUUUUAUGUUCAAUAAAACACAUUAGUUGUUGUAUAAUUCAUAAUUGUUCCAUAUAGUUAUAGGAAAAAUAUAGUUAUCUUUUUUGAACAACGUAGAUAUACAUUAAAUUCGUAACUUCAAUAUCUAGUGAAAGUCAAAGGCUUUUUAAUAUCA